AUGGCGGUGAGGCGGCGGCAGAGGCUUGGGCCGGGCGGCGGGCGAGCGCUGCUGGGCGCGCUGCUGCUGCUGCUGUGCGUGUGGUGCCGGGCGGCGGCCGAGCGGGUCCGCUACGCCAUCGCCGAGGAGCUGGGCAGAGGCUCGCUCGUGGGGCCGCUGGCGCGGGACCUGGGGCUCAGCGCGGACGAGCUGCCGGCGCGCAAGCUGCGGCUGAGCGAGGAGAAGCAAUACUUCACGGUGAAUGAGGAGAACGGGAACCUGUACGUGAACGAGAGGCUGGACCGGGAGGAGAUGUGCGGCGAGUCGGCGACCUGCUCUGUCAGCUUCGAGGCGCUGGUGCACAACCCGCUGAACAUUUUCCACGUCGAGGUGUCCAUCGAGGACGUGAACGACAACUCCCCGGUGUUCAGCAAGGCUGUUCUGGACCUCGACAUUGGAGAAUUAAUCCCUCCCGGUGCUCGGUUUCCCCUGGAGAUGGCGCGAGAUUCAGACGCAGGAAGCAACUCAAUGCUGACAUACCAACUCACAAGCAACCCAUCGUUCUCACUGUCCAUGAAGGAAAAGCCAGGUGGAAAAAAGCAGCCGGAAUUAGUACUGGAGAGUGUGUUGGAUCGGGAGAAGCAGAGCUCGAUUGAGCUGGUGCUGAUGGCAGUAGACGGUGGGGAUCCUGCGAGGUCCGGGACUGUCCAGGUUCGCAUCAACGUUACAGAUGCCAACGACAACCCACCCGUGUUCACCAAAAGCGUCUACGAGGCGAGAGUGGCAGAGAAUCUGCCAGUGGAGUCGGUGGUGCUGCGGGUACGGGCAACGGACGCUGACGCAGGCUCGAACGGGCGAGUCUCCUACUCGUUGGGCGGUGUCCCGGACUCCGUCAGGGCCUUGUUCAUUAUCGACAGUGAGAGCGGGGAAGUGAGGACAGCGGGCCCCCUCGAUUUUGAGGAGAAGAAUAAAUACGUCUUCACCGUUGAGGCGACAGACGGCGGCGGGCUCAACGAUGACUGCGAAGUGCAGAUCGACAUCACGGACGAGAAUGACAACGCGCCCGAGAUCACCAUACUGUCACUCUCGAAUCCUGUGCCCGAGGACGCGCCUGUCGGCACGGUGGUGGCCCUGAUGAAAGUGCGGGACAGAGACUCGGGCGAGAACAGUCAGGUGACGUGCGAGCUAUCGGGAGAGGCGCCGCUGUCGAUCGUGGCGUCGCCGGGCGGCUCGUACAAGGUGGUGACAUCAGGCGCGCUGGACCGCGAGCAGGCGUCGGAGCAUCGCGUGUCGGUGGUGGCCCGGGACCGGGGCAGGCCGGCGCUGCGGAGCAGCAGGGAGCUGGCGGCGUACAGCGCGUACGUGGCGGAGAACAACGCGGCGGGCGCGCUGGUGCUGCGCGUGCAGGCGCGGGACGCGGACGCGGGCGCCAACGGGCGCGUGAGCUACUGGCUGGCGGGCGGCAGCGCGGGCGCGGCGGGCGCGGCGCCGCUGGUGUCGGUGGAGGCGCGGAGCGGCGCGCUGUACGCGCAGCGCUCCUUGGACUACGAGCAGUGCCGCGAGUUCACGGUGGCCGUGCGGGCGCAGGACGGCGGCUCGCCGGCGCGCAGCUCCACGGCCACGGUGCGCGUCUUCGUGCUGGACCGUAACGACAACGCGCCCAGGGUGGUUCCGCGCUCGGCCGAGGCCGGCUACCUGGUGGCCAAGGUGGUGGCGGUGGACGCGGACGCGGGGCGCAACGCGUGGCUGUCGUACGAGCUGGUGCAGGCGUCGGAGCCGGCGCUGUUCCGCGUGGGGCUGCACAGCGGCGAGGUGCGCACGGCGCGCGCCGUGGGCGAGCGGGACGCGGCCAAGCAGCGGCUGGUGGCCGUGGUGAAGGACCACGGGCAGCCGGCGCUGUCGGCCACGGCCACGCUGCACGUGGUGCUGGCCGAGAGCUUGCAGGAGGCGCUGCCGGAGCUGAGCGAGCGGCCGGCGGGCGCCGAGGCGGCGGCGGCCGAGCUGCAGUUCUACCUGGUGCUGGCGCUGGCGCUGCUCUCGGCGCUCUUGGUGCUGAGCGUGGCGCUGGCCGUGGUGGCGCGGCUGCGCCGGGCCGGGCCGCCCGCCGUGCUGCGCUGCCUGGGCGCGCAGCGCUUCUCGCUGGCCGGCGCCGCCUUCCCGGCCGACUUCUGCGAGGGCACCUUGCCCUACUCCUACAACCUGUGCGUGCCGCCGCCCGCCCGCGCCGUGCCCGAGGCCGCUUGGCCGCCGCCGCCGCCUGUGCCCAUCCUGUCGGCGGAGGAGCUUCUGGGCGGCGAUUCCUGCGGGAAGCCGAGCCCGAACAGCAGUGACCUCGUCGUGGGAGAGCAGCCCGCCAAUCCCGAUGUACCCCAGGUGUGUAAAUAUCGCACGCUCAUUGUCUGUCAGCCCUCUUCAUGA